GGUGUGAUGGUUUUUCUGUUCAGGACUGUGUCAGUGGGGCUCUGCUGGGCUCGUGAUGAUGGGGAAGUAUUUCUUCAGCGAGACGGACAUCAAGAGCGCGUGGGAUCAGGUAUUGACGGCCUUCUGGCAGAGAUACCCCAACCCAUACAGCACUCAUGUUCUGACGGAGGACGUACUUUUCCGCGAGGUGACGCCGGAUAACCUGCUCCUGUCCCGGCGGCUCCUGACGAAGACCAGUCGUCUCCCUCGCUGGGCGGAGCGCGUCUUCCCGGGAAAUCUGUCGCAUUCGGUUUACAUCAUCGAGGAUUCUGUGGUCGACCUCAGAAACAGGAGCCUCACGACGCUGACCUGGAACGUAAAUCACGCUAAACUAAUGCGUGUGGUGGAGCGCUGUGUGUUUGCGGGAGAUCAGGACCGACCUGUUUGGACACGGAUCACCAGAGAAGCCUGGAUCUCUUCAGGAGUCUUUGGCCUCUCCAGACCCAUUCAGGAGUUCGGUUUGGCCAGGUUCAGGAGCAAUCAGGUGAAAGCGAUGAAGGGUUUGGAGCACGCACUGUCCAAUCUGCAGAAAGCAUCGGCCGUGUGUCCUGGAGAUUCUGCCGAGAAACACAAAAACCUGAAUUCAGCCUCCAAAACCCAGAAACCUCAGCAAUACAUAUGAUCAGUAUGAACAAAGAGUGAAUUUCAUGAUCAUAUCAGGUCACCCCAAAAAAUCAGAACAAAAUCAAACGUAUUUUUUAGGAAUUUUACAAUUUAUUUGAUCAGAACAUUAUUUUUAUGACAAUUACAUUUUCCCCAAUUAUCAUCACUGCUAUGGAGAUUAUUUUAACCGUGAAGUAUUUAUUUAUAUAUCAUUGUAGCAUUUGUUGUACUGCCUUUAAGCUGAUUUCAAUUUAAAAACGAAGUCACUGUAUUGCAAAACUGUUUAACUAUAAUACAGAAAGA